AUGUGGCCGAAAUCAUGGGAGCACCAUGCUUUGCACAGACCCCCAAUGUCCCUCCCCGCGGAGAUACACGGACCCCAUUGCCCUCAAAAAGAGGUAACACCCUGGGACCCCUCCGCCGAAGAUGUGUGGCUCCUCGCAGAAAACGCAGACCCCACCCAAGUCCUGUCUUGACGCCCUCGGUUCCCGUCUGUGUCUCAAGCCUCAGGCGUCCCAGCGCGGCUCCCCAUACCCUCAAUUCUUCCACAAGGCAUUCGCGGCCCCUGCUCAUCUCAGCCCACCACUCUGGACAGCCCACUUCCCUCCGGCCGCUCCACGUGUCCCUACAAUCCGAGCCCACGGACCAAGCCCCUUGGAGUGUCCCGCUGCCCAAAGCGGCCCCCGCUACGGCUAUGAAAUAGAGGCAGCAUCGCACUCUUGAUAGAGAU